AUGCCCGCUGAAGAGCCCGAUCCACCACAUGGCGCGAGGAACGGACUCUCGGUGCUGGGCGUUCUACCACGCCUUAGCGAGAACUACGCCGUGCCCAUCGCUCAGCCGCCGCCUCGCGAGCCGUCACCAGAAGUAGUGGUAGGAACGGUUUAUCCGUUCGAGCCUCCUGGCUCGCCCACGGCGUGGGAGCCACAUCCAGACAUUGAAUUAGUUCCCGGCGGCAGCGAGGGCUCGUCCAAGCCGCCCACUGCUUCGCCGUCUACUGUCAGCACCGCGCCCGUGAAGCGACCGCGUGUGGGAACAACGUACAAGCAGCAGACGCUCUGGGGCGCCCCUCCUCCCCGAAACGCUACUCCCCACAAGCGCUCUGCUCCUUCUGCCGAUCCGAAGCCCCCCACCGCUCUGGCGGAUGCUGAGUAUGAGUUGGUGGACAUCACCCUUGUUGCGCACAUCGUGCAGCAGACAAGGCUUCGUCUGAAGACGCGGUAUUCCCUCCGCGACCCUACACAUCAUUUCGGCAGCGGGGAGAAGAUGCAGCUUCCCGAGUUCAUCAAGAGUCACGGGAAAACGGACAAGCGCGAGAUGAAGGCGGAGGGCGUAGACGGGGACGGGAAUCCCAUGACGUUUGAGUUCAAGCUGCAUGAGCUCCCGCUACCUGGACAUGAGACCGGAGGCGAUGUUACGGCGUGCGUCGAGUUGGCGAUCAAGUACGUGCGCGCCAUUGACAAGGAGCUGGAGUGGCGGAUGCGAGACCUGGAGCUUCUGGAAGGCUCGAAGCUUUUCCGCACAGCCUCGUACAUGACCGACGACACGAAGCGGUCCCACUCCACUGCCGUGCAUGGUCCCUCUGCUGAUUACCCACCCGUCCGCGAUCCCCCUCCGCGCCACUUCUCCGCGUGGUCCAAGCGCCGCCUCUCCGCGGCCCCCACCGCCGCUCCAGACGUGCUGUCGCACGGCGGCCCCGCGCCAGGCGAGAGUGGUCGCGGCCCGUCAUCGCACGCGAGCAACGUCGCGCGAUCGCUGGCGACGAAUGCGCGGCGCCUGCAGAGGCAGCUCCGGCGACUGGCUGUUCGGCAUGGCAGGCACUUGCACCUGGGGGUGGCAGUGGUGCACGUGCCGUCGGGGCAGGCAGCCAUUGUGCGGGCGGCACAGCAGUUCCCGUUGGCGAGUGUGGCGAAGCUGCCUCUGCUCUUCGCAGCAGCGCACGCCCUCCACUGCCCCUGCCCCUGCCACUCCACGCACCACCACCACGCCCCUCCUGCGCCCUUCGCCUCGUGCAGCAGUGGCAGCAGCAACGAAUGGCCGCCAUGUAAGGUACCGUUCCCCUUGGCCCCACUGCACGCGUCGCUCCCACCACCACGGCGCUGCAGCGUGCCCCUCAUGCCGUGCGUGACCACCCCACCCGUGGCCAUGGGCAGUGCGGCGGCUGUCGCUGAAGAGCAUGCUGCAGGUGCGCGAGGAGGACAAGUGCAUUGGCAGUGGCCUCAUGCGCUCCCUGCCCAGGUGCGCGCUGCUGCCCCCCCCUCCUCUUUCGCGCCCUCCUCAUUGCAUCUGGCCACGUGCAUGGGGCGAGUGGCCUCCAUGGCUCACGCAAGUGCUGCUACCGCACACUCACACCCUGUCACGCCUGCCAUCCGCUGCACCUCCUCAAUCUACUCAACGCACGUCGCUCACCCACUCGCCCUAGCACCCUUGUGUGCACCCCUUUCUCAUCCGCACCUUCCCAAUGCUCCCCUCCUCCAGCUGAUCCUUCCCUACCACCACCAUGCGCACUACUGCAUGUGUAU